UGUUGAAAGUGAGUCACAUAGGUGUCGGUUAUAAGUUUUUCUUUGUUGGACAAUAUUUCUAGUCGAAUAAUAUAUUUUUCCGAAACUUUGGAAAUUAACAUAUAAGCAGUAAAUAUGUUUUCCAGUGGCCCAAACUAUACGAAAUUAAAAACAAAUCUUCGACUCGCUUUGAAUCGCUUGAAAUUGUUGGAAAAGAAAAAGGCAGAACUAGCUCAAAAGGCUCGUAAGGAGAUUGCCGACUAUUUAGCCACUGGAAAAACGGAGCGUGCCCGUAUUCGUGUGGAGCAUAUAAUACGGGAGGAUUAUCUUGUGGAAGCUAUGGAAAUAAUCGAAAUGUAUUGUGACCUCAUUUUGGCACGUUUCGGAUUAAUUACGCAGAUGAAAGAACUAGAUGAUGGGAUUGCUGAGGCAGUAUGUAGUUUGGUGUGGGUGUGUCCACGACUUCAAAGUGAUGUCGCUGAACUAAAAGUUAUAUCGGACAUUUUCAUUGCCAAAUACGGUGUUCAAUUUGCGGAACAUUCGCGAACAGCAACAGGAGAUCAUCAAGUAUCCGGUAAACUAAUGAAUAAACUACAGCUCCAAGCUCCACCUAAAUUGUUGGUGGAAAAAUAUUUAAUUGAGAUAGCGAAAAAUUACAAUAUUGAAUAUGAGCCCGACCCACAAGUAAUGCAAGAGGAAAAGGUUAAUACCGAUCAGCCCCAGGCACAUUUGAUUGAUUUAUCCGACAGAAAUAACUUGGGGGGUGAUGGGGCUGUUGGCCCACCCCCACAAAUGGGUUUCAUCGGUUAUCCAGCACUUCCACCUCUUCCUGACCCUCCAGCAGCAAAGCCAUUUAAUUAUCCACCACCAUACGGCCCUGGACCGGGAUCUGGCGGUGGAUCAGCAACAUACGGAGCUCCACCACCACAGCCGUUUGCAUAUAACAUACCGCCAACACAGCCGCCUUAUGAAACAAAAGAUUUAAAUACCUAUUUUAUAAAUGAAGAAUCGUCGACGACUUCUGAUAUUAACACCGCAAGUGACAGCCCUGAUGAAAAUAUCUUGCGACCUAAACCGAACGAUGAUCCCCCACCGCGAUAUUCAUCAAUUAAUCCAUUUAAUAUACAGGAUAAAAAUAAACCAAAACCACAGCCUCGACAAAAAUUGCCUCCUCCAGGCCCAAGCGCCCCACCAGUUUUACCAGAUAUACAAAAUUUACCAAACGUUCCCAAUGAACUCCCUGACAUUCCGGCUGAAGAACCAAAACCAAAUAAUACUGAUAAUGAUGACAUAGACUUUGAUGACCUAUCGCGUCGUUUUGAGAACUUAAAAAAGCGUAAAUGA